CUGCUCACUCGCUUUGCUUUAGUCAGCAAUCGUUUUCAUGAUGGAUAAAUAUUUUUAAUGAGUGCAAAAUACCCACAGGGAGUUAAAAAUUAUGAAUGUUUGAAAAAUUACACAUGAAGGAGAACAGGAGCUGAGCUCAUUCACGUAUGACUAUCAUCAGUAAAUAAUAAUAAUAAUAAUCACUCCACAACCCCUAUUGAACUGUAGGAGUCAGGGCAGAGGAGCACAGAAAGUGAGAGGGGAGAGACCUCUACUGGAAAGGGAAGCAGCAGAGGAGGACGGGGCAGGAGAAGCAGAAGCGAAACCAACACGUGCAGAGCGAGAGCGACGGAGACGGAGAGCAAAAGACAGACGACGACGUGGUGCUGAAAAGCAGACGGCGGAGCGAGCAGAGCAAGGUGGAGCUGAAAAGCAACCCGACCAACAGCGCCUUAUUGAAAGAAUAAAGCAAAGUCACAAAUUUACUCGACGUCAUGUCAAUCCUUGGUGGUCAGUGGAACCCGGACAGAGAGAGUCUGUCACAUUUGGCGCCCAACCUGGCUGGACCACCAGAGGCGGGGGAGGACGAUCCCCCUUGGGCUCUUGUAGGCGCGCUCGCCGGCCUCGCAGCAAGCAGUCGACAACAAUGCCGGCUCCUGCAGGUGUUGGCGGACCAGGCGAAGGGGGGCGGCGAAUGGCUCCCCACAGAAGAUAUUGGUGGAAAAGAAGAGGUUAUUGAAGAAGAAGUUGUGGUUGUAGAAGAAGAAGAAGAACAAGAAGAACAAGAAGAAGAACAAGAACCAGAAGAACAAGAACAAGAACAAGAAGUAGAAGAAGCAGAAGUAGAAGUAGAAGAAGCAGAAGUAGAAGUAGAAGAAGCAGAAGACAAAGACAAAGAAGAAGAAGUAGACAAAGAAGAAGUAGACAAAGAAGAAGAAGAAGUAGACAAAGAAGGAGAAGAAGUAGACAAAGAAGAAGAAGAAGUAGACAAAGAAGAAAAAGAAGUAGACAAAGAAGAAGAAGAAGUAGACAAAGAAGAAGAAGAACUAGACAAAGAAGGACAGGAACUAGACAAAGAAGAACAGGAACUAGACAAAGAAGAACAGGAACUAGACAAAGAAGAACAAGAACUGGACAAAGAAGAACAAGAACUAGACAAAGAAGAACAAGAACUAGACAAAGAAGAACAAGAACUAGACAAAGAAGAACAAGAAGAAGAAGAACAAGAAGAACAAGAACAAGAACAAGAACAAGAAGAACAAAAACAAGAAGUAGAAGAAGCAGAAGUAGAAGAAGCAGAAGACAAAGAUAAAGAAGAAGUAGACAAAGAAGAACAAGAACUAGACAAAGAAGAACAAGAACUAGACAAAGAAGAAGAAGAACAAGAAGAAGAAGAACAAGAAGAAGAAGAAGAACAAGAAGAAGAAGAAAAAGAACAAGAAGAAGAACAAGAAGAGGAACAAGAACAAGAAGAAGAACAAGAACAGGAACCAGACAAAGAAGAACAGGAACUAGACAAAGAAGAACAAGAACUAGACAAAGAAGAACAAGAACUAGACAAAGAAGAACAAGAACUAGACAAAGACGAACAAGAGCUAGACAAAGAAGAAGAAGAACUAGACAAAGAAGAAGAAGAACUAGACAAAGAAGAAGAAGAACAAGAAGAAGAAGAACAAGAACAAGAAGAAGAAGAACAACAAGAAGAAGAAGAACAAGAAGAAGAAGAAAAAGAACAAGAAGAAGAACAAGAAGAAGAACAAGAACAAGAAGAACAAGAAGAAGAAGAAGAACAAGAAGAAGAAGAAAAAGAACAAGAAGAAGAACAAGAAGAAGAACAAGAACAAGAAGAAGAACAAGAACAGGAACCAGACAAAGAAGAACAGGAACUAGACAAAGAAGAACAAGAACUAGACAAAGAAGAACAAGAACUAGACAAAGAAGAACAAGAACUAGACAAAGACGAACAAGAGCUAGACAAAGAAGAACAAGAACUAGACAAAGACGAACAAGAGCUAGACAAAGAAGAACAAGAACUAGACAAAGAAGAACAAGAACUAGACAAAGAAGAACAAGAACUAGACAAAGACGAACAAGAGCUAGACAAAGAAGAACAAGAACUAGACAAAGAAGAACAAGAACUAGACAAAGAAGAACAAGAACUAGACAAAGAAGAACAAGAAGAAGAAGAUAAGAAGAAAAAGAAGAAGAACAAGAAGAACAAGAACAAGAACAAGAAGUAGACAAAGAAGAAGAAGAACUAGACAAAGAAGAACAAGAACUAGACAAAGAAGAAGAAGAACAAGAAGAAGAAGAACAAGAACAAGAAGAAGAAGAAGAACAAGAAGAAGAAGAAGAACAAGAAGAAGAAGAAAAAGAACAAGAAGAAGAACAAGAAGAAGAACAAGAACAAGAAGAAGAACAAGAACAGGAACCAGACAAAGAAGAACAGGAACUAGACAAAGAAGAACAAGAACUAGACAAAGAAGAACAAGAACUAGACAAAGAAGAACAAGAACUAGACAAAGACGAACAAGAGCUAGACAAAGAAGAACAAGAACUAGACAAAGACGAACAAGAGCUAGACAAAGAAGAACAAGAACUAGACAAAGAAGAACAAGAGCUAGACAAAGAAGAACAAGAACUAGACAAAGACGAACAAGAGCUAGACAAAGAAGAACAAGAACUAGACAAAGAAGAACAAGAAGAAGAAGAUAAGAAGAAAAAGAAGAAGAACAAGAAGAACAAGAACAAGAACAAUAAGUAGACAAAUAAUAAGAAGAAGUAGACAAAGAAGAAGAAGUAGACAAAGAAGAACAAGAAGUAGACAAAGAAGAAGAAGAAGUAGACAAAGAAGAACAAGAAGUAGACAAAGAAGAAGUAGAAGGCAAAGACAAGGAAGAAGACAAAGACAAAGAAAACGAAAUGGAAGAAGACAGAGAAGAAGAAAAGGAAGAGAAAGAAAAAGAAGAAGAAAAUGUUGUGUUCACUACUGCAUUGAGUUAACCAUACAGUUAUUUCAGUUGCAUUGUACAGCCUCUAGGUGGCGUAGUGAGUCAGACGGAGGAGAUGCGGCGAGGUGAGGGGAGAAGAAGAAUGUAAUGUAGGUAAAUAGAGGUACGGGAAUAAAGAUGC